AUGACUGUUGACCUAACUGAACCAAUAACUCCACUAACUCAAUAUCUUGAGAAAAGAAAGCCUUUGUAUAUUGAGCUUUUUACUAAAGAUCUCUUUGAGAAAAAAAUCUUUCACAAGAUCAUGAAAAUGCAAAAACUUAUCAUGAAGUUCGGUGUCUUAAUUGUUUGUAAGAAAAAGAAAAUUUGGCUUCAUAAAAUUGAUUCUAAUACAAUUAAUCUUUGGCGUCAUAUAAAAGUUCAUCAUCUAGAAAAAGAUCUAAGGCCUAACAAAAAAGCAAAAAAAUCAGUAGCAGAAGAUCAAAAUACAUUAGAUAAAUUCAUAGGUCAGAUAAAGAUUCCUUUUAAAGCAAGUAUAAUUAAAUAA